GACAGACCCUCUGGACCGGACACCGCACGUCCCGUCCUUCAUCCCCCUUCUUUCCUUCUCCACAUCGUCUCCGUCGACGCAGCAGCUACUUAGUACGCCUGCUGGCAGGUCAUUUCUCCUCAGAGACCGACCCACUCGCGCACGAGAUCGCUUCACUUCCGACGACCACGAAAAAUCAGAUCGCUAGACCCAGACACUUUCUCUAGUUCAAUGAGCAAAUCUUCAACUGCAUCUGCACCGAAAAUUCCUCUGCAGCUUCCAACGAAGUCAGCCUGGGCACGGGGCCCUCCUCAAAAUACCACAGCGUCCUCCUCUCGCUCACAAUCCCCCGCCCCAUCAACUGUCAACUCGCCCACGACGUCAUCAAAUCCCCAUGCCUCACACUCUCGCCGGCCCAGCACCCUCGGUCAAGGGGUCUCCAUAAAGGAAGGGGUCACCAUACCUCGGAAUACCAUACCAGCCGCUAGUCAAAGCUCCCCCGUCACUUUCGGCUCCAUACACGAUGCGGACGCUCCCAUUUCAUCAUCUCCCGCAUCAGCACCCCCAGUAAAGGCUGAGAACCCCAAGUCCUUCGGAUCCAUCGUCGCAGACCAGAAUGGGUCAGCGAACAAGUCAGUGGUCACCAACCGGCCAGCAUCGAUGAUAUCUUCAACUCCUACAUCCGCUACCCCUGCGUCGGCGCCAUCAACAGUGUCCCAAUCUCACGCUGCUCCGAAGCUCGACAGGAAAAGUAUCGCAAAGCUCUUUCAGACUGCGUCUUCACCGUCGCCAUCGCCUUCCGUUACAGAUGCGUCCCCAUCACCAUCCACCCGACCACUUUCUCUCCCUCCACAACCGCACCAGUCAGGCCCACCUCCUGGCCAGCAGUAUAACAACCUCCCUCCACCAUUCACUCCUUCAAACAUGAGACCUCCUCAGAAUGGCAAUGUCGGUCCUCCUCGGUCACCCGUGUUCGCGCGACAAACUCUAAACGGUACCAGUGGCGGUGUGGGUGUAAGCGGGCGGACACCGCCAGGCCCAGGUGGCCCCGCGGCAGGUCCUGGUGCCAUGUCUGGAGGGAUGCCUAGCCCUCGUCUUGCCCCCCAUCAUCCUCAUGUAGGUCAACCUGCAGGAAUGCCUCCCCAGCCAAUCUGGCCCGGUUAUUACUAUGGCUAUGUAAACAUGCCACAGGAGGGGUAUUACCCUACCCCGCCAUGGGCCACACAGCCUUUACCUCCUCAGCAUCAACCCCCACCACAACAGCAUCACCAGCAUGGACAACCUAUGCCUCCCAAUACCAUGCCUAUGUCUCCCCGCAAUCCUCCCCCUCCAUUACAACAAGGCCCCGGCACGCCUACCCAAAGUCACGCCGUCCUCUCACCGCCACAUCACAAUCAGCACCCGCACCCAUCACCGCAUUUACCUCCUUCAAACCUCACAUCUCCGCCUCCUACGCCUUCCUCGAGCUCGAGCCAACGCUUGAACACGAACGCCAAUGCUUUUGUACCGUCUAAAAAGAUUGUCCUCAAGGAUCCUAACGGGCAAGAAGUCAAUCUCGAGGCUUUGAGGAAGUCGGGUUCGCAGUUCAACGGCUCGAAUGUCGUGGUGCCGCAGCCUCCUGGGUCACCUGGUGGUUUCAAGAAGGAGAGCAGACGGAGCCCAAGCGUGAGGAUUGAGAGCGAGGCCCAAAAGCAGCUCCGACUGGAGGCGGAACAGAAGAAGACCGCGGAGGAGCAGGAUAAGGUUACCAAAGAGAAGGAGCGUGAAGAGAAGGCGAGAAAGGAGAAAGAGGAGAAGGAGCGAAGGGAGACAGAGGAGAAGGAGAGGAAGGUCAAGGAGGAGAAAGAAGCGGCGGAGAAGAAGGAGCGGGAACGGCUCGUGGAGGAGGAGAGGAAGAGGAAAGAGGAGGAGGAGCGGGUCAGGAAAGAGGAAGAGGAGAAGAAGCAGGCGGAGGAGGCUGCUGAGGCCGAGCGCAAGCGCGUGGAGGAAGAGCUCGCAGAGAAGGCCCGAUUGGAAGAGGAGGAUCGUGUCAAGAAGGCGAAGGAAGAGGAAGAGGCGAAACUGAAGGAGCUCGAAGCCGCUGAGAAGGCAGAGGCCGAGGCAGCAGCCAAAGCCGCCGCUGCCGCUUCUGAGAAGGAAGAGGGCGAGAUUGAGGAGUCCAAGCCUUCCGAGUCUAGCAAGGCCGCUGAUGCGGCUGAGCUGGCUGCAGCUGCUGAGGAAGCUAGAGACAAAGUGCCCGACAAGGAGCCUCUCCGUAUCGACACUGCCGCGGUCCCUGAGCUUCCGGGCAAACGUCGUCCUGGUCCUCUGAACCUUCAGUCCGUACAAGCUAUGAACAUACCACAACCUCUCCCCUCCGCUCUCGCCACCGCCCGUAUCAUCGAGGACCUUCACGAGAUCUCAUACCCGGAAGGCAUCAAGAGCCCGAAAGUCGAGCUCAAUGCGAACGCCGCCAAGGGCAAGUUCAGGUACGAUCGCGACUUCCUCCUACAGUUCAUGGCCGUCUGCAAGGAGAAGCCAGACAACCUUCCUCCGCUCGAUGCCAUCGGCUUGGAGCCAAGCGAUCAGACUUCCAGCGGCUUCAGUAUGACUCGCGGUGGCUCUGGUCGCCGCAAUUCUGGCAUGGUCACCCCCUCCGGGUCAGUCAGUCGCAAUGCCUCUAUUGGUCUUGGUUUCGUUCCUAGUUCCAUGGGCAAGUCUUCCGGUUUCGCUAUGGGCCAGUUCGCCACUACCGCCAAAACCAGCGAAGAGCGAUUUGCUCUGGCUAACGGUCCAAGCCGUUCUACUUCUCUCGCUGGUAGCGCUCUGAGUGGCAUCGCUAUGGGUGGUGGUCGUGGUCCACCAAUGUCGCGCACGAACAGCCAAGGCGGACCAGGUUCUGGAAAGGAGCGCGAACGUACCCGUAGCAAGCGUAGCGGCCAGACCAGGAACGAGUCGAACAGGGUCCACAUCUCAACUCCUGCCAUGUCUAACAUGGGUCCACCUCUCGAGCCUGUUGCUCCUCUGGAGGCCAGCGCAAACCGAUGGGUUGCUGGCAGUACUCGCCGUGGAGCCGCCGCCGCCGCCGUCACACCGGAUCCCGACUCACCGGAAAUGGUCGAACGUAAGGUCAAGGGUCUCCUCAACAAGCUUACCAUGGAGAGGUUCGACUCGAUCUCCGAACAGAUUAUCUCUUGGGCCAACAAGUCCGAGACAGAGAAGGAUGGUCGUACGCUCAUCCAGGUCAUCAAGCUUGUCUUCGAGAAGGCUACCGAUGAAGCUGCCUUUUCCGAGAUGUACGCGAGGCUCUGUCGCAAGAUGAUGGAGACGAUCAGCCCCAAGGUCCAGGAUGAUGGAAUCAAGAACCAGGAAGGCAAACCUAUCGCUGGUGGUCAACUGUUCCGCAAGUACCUCCUCAAUCGUUGUCAGGAAGAUUUCGAGCGUGGUUGGUUGCAAAAGGAAACGAGCGCCGCCGCCGCUCUCACAAAAGCGACGGAGGACGAAGCUGCGGCGAGGGCCAACACCGCCAGCGGCAAGGAGGCCGAGGAGGGCGAGCUUUACUCAGACGAGUACUACGCGGCCCAGAAGGCCAAGCGGAGAGGUCUCGGUCUGAUCAGGUUCAUCGGUGAACUGUUCAAACUGCAGAUGUUGACGGAGCGUAUCAUGCACGAGUGUAUCAAGAAACUGCUCGGAAACGUCGAGAACCCAGAAGAGGAGGAGAUCGAGAGUUUGUGCAAGUUGAUGACUACCGUCGGAGCGAUUUUGGACACUCAGAAGGCGCAUGCGCAUAUGGAUGUGUACUUCGCUCGUAUGAAGGAGUUGACGAAGAGUCCGAACGUGAAUUCGCGUAUGGCUUUCAUGUUGCAGGAUGUCAUCGAGCUCCGAGAGCGUAGGUGGCUGGUGCGUAAUGCUGCAAGCGGCCCUUUGACUAUCUCUCAGGUUCACGAGGCCGCUGCCAAAGAUCAAGCUGCGAAGGAGAAGGAGUCCUACCAGCGCCAAAUGAGCAUGUCCCGCGGUGGCUCUCGUCGUGGCGGAGACCGUGGCGAACCUCAACAGAUCGGUCCUGACGGUUGGGCUAUUGCUUCAGGACCCAACCGUCCUCCGCCCAAGGCCGGCGACCUGUCUCACUUCGGCAAGAUCGCGAAAUCGACACCGAUGACCUUCGGUCCCAGCAGCGUAUUCGCCGGCAAGAAGGAGGCCAAGGGCCGCGAGGCUCCUCUGUCUCGCACGGCUUCUACUUCCAAUAUGUUCUCCAUGCUCAGUCAGAACCCCGAACUCGCUGUUGAGGCUACGACCUCGAAGCCCAGCCGACCGGCGAGUCGCAAGACGAGUGUCGACCUGACCCAGUCCGGUGGCGUCCCAGAGUCCACACAACGCAGAAAGCUCCAGCUUCUGCCUCGUAGUAAGGCUCUCGAGGAGACGAAGGCGGAGGAUUCCACCCCUGCGGGAUCGGAGGCUGGCUCUGAGGACGGGCGUGGUGAGACUCCUGCUCCCCCUUCGAUGUCAGAGGAGGCGGCGACAAACAAGAUCGCCGAGGACGUCAAGGAGUUCUUCGGCAUCCGUAUGUUGGGAGAGGCCGAGUCGUACUUCAGCAGUCUUCCCGAGGAGCACCGGUUCCGACUGGUCGACAAGCUCGUGACGACCGCCAUCGAGUCCAAGGCCGCGGACGCGCAGCUUGUCGCAGACCUCUUCGCCCAGGCUAGGGAGAGGGAUCUCUGCUCGCCGGCUUCGUUCGAGGAGGGCUUCCUGCCUCUGGCCGAGCUGUUGGACGACAUUGCGAUCGAUGCGCCGAAGGCGUUCGACCUGUUCGCUAACAUGAUGAAGGGUGCCGGUCUAGACAAGGACGAGGAGCGGAGGACACGGAUAGCGGAGAAGUCGAUGGACAAGGAUAAGUUGAUCGCAUUGUUGGCAUAGUUUCUUUCCGUUUCCAUUUCCCUAUCUCUAUCCUCUUCUACUUUCUGCGUUACAUUCUUCGUUGCUUCUGCCAUAGACUCGCCCGUCGUCUCCGCUGGUCUGUCUGUUUGUCCUCUUUUUAUUGUCCUUCCUGGUAUUACCUAUCGUCGCAGCUAAUACACCGCUACACGUCGUUUACCCCCCGCCCACUUCCUUUCCCCGCCUGCCCGUGACGUCCAUCUCACAUUCUUGCUCCCUCUCAUACACUCGCAUGCAUGUCUCGUCUGCCUCGGUUUCCGUCAUCAUCUUGUUAUUAUUGCCGCAUCCGAGAUCGUCGACCGCAUCCGCUUUCCGUCGCUUCGUUCGUUAUUCCUUCUGUUUCUUCUUUCUUCUUUACCUUCGACUUCUUGUUGUCCUUUUGCCCCGUACUUUUUUUUCCUAGUCUCUUUGCCCUCGUUCUUCUUCUUCUUCAUCUGCGUUCCCAUUGCCCUCUGCGUUCCCGUUCUGUUCUGUUUCUCAUUCUCAUUCUCAUCUGUGUCUGUGUUUUUAUUACCUUAUGCGCAUCCUCCGCAUUUUGCACGCAUCGCACGUCGGGGUGUCGAGUGUCGGUCGGUCUGUUUUUUCAGUGUUCAGUACAGUUUGUGUCUUACCAUCCUGUGUAAGUAGCUAUAGGUAGGUAGGUAGGUAGGUUUGUAACGCCAGAGAUGGGGGUGAGACGGGGGGAGAGAGUAUAUCAUAGUCUGC